AUGGAUUGCGAAGAGAUUCCCCCAGAAGUCGAGGCUAAUAGACAAAGUCAGCUUGUAUUCAUAACUGGACUUGAUAUUGUUAAUGACAAAACACAUGCAUCAGUCCUGUCUACUUUGACUAGUAAUCGUGCAUCGGAUCGUCCACCUUUGAAUUUCGUGAUGAUCGAUGGUACUCAAAUAUUUAAUGAAUCAGCGCAACACCAACCAAAGGUUUCACAGACCAAACAUGGAUUCAUUAAAAAAAGUUGGUUUAAAAAAUAUGUCACUGAAGUACCAGCUGUUGUCGUUUUAUUUGCUGAUUUAAAUUUAAAUCAUCCUUCCUGGAAUGAGAAAGUUACCGAAUGUCAGUCAAAGAUCUCUUCGCUCAGGACAUGCAUCGGAAAGUAUGCAACUAGGGUUUGUAUCGUGCUAUUGCAACAAUCUUAUCCAGUGGAUAGUCCAGUAGCUGCGGAACAAACAAAUAAACUAUGUCAAAGUUGUCAGGUCUCACCCAAACAGUUAUUUAUUGUGCCUACAGAUGAGCGAAUGUUUGCAUCAGUUGUCAAACUUGAAAUUGCUUUACAUGAAUUAGCACAAGCAUUUUACCAACAUUGUUUGAAAUCAGUUCGAGCACGACCAAUAGCUAAUAACUCUACGAAUCUUAUCAUUCGCCAACAAUUCAAGCUGGGAUUUCUUUCGGAACUACGACAGGAAACUCAUAUGGCACUCAGACAUUAUAAGCUUGCAUACCAAUACUGUACUCAAUAUGAAGACUUCGAAUGUGAUUUCUCUGAGUUGCGUACAGUGGCUGGACUUCUUAAUUACAAGAUUUGUCAACUGUUGUUUCUGCAUAGUUUGGCUUUAGAAGCAUUAUCUCAACAGCGAAGACAUGUUGGCGCAUUUUUUAAUUGUAGUCCUGGUCUGUAUCCAACUUUGCACCUUGCUUCAAUUGAGCACUCGUUAUGGAAAGGCAAGCAGUGCUCUUUGUUUGCAAAUUUGUUUGAUCGAUCAGUGAUAGAUGGUUUGGUCACCACUUCAUCUCAACAUCCUGGGAUGUAUCUUCAAAUCGCAGCUUAUUUCUAUCGUCAAGCAAACGAAACUAUAAUUGAAAUGAAGUCAUUACCUAGAGUAUGUGAACCAAUUUUGAGUCCUUGGACACCAGAUUCAGUAGUUUUUUAUGGACAGCGACCAUGGAAAGUAGGAGUCAUGGGUGAUAAAAAUGUUGGUCUGUCUACUGCGGAAACUGUGAACACUGUCCGUUAUGACCUUGAGGAGCUGUGCUCUCCAGACUAUGACCGAUGUAUCGCUUUGUUGUCUGCUGCAAUGUCACAGUUCAAAAAGCACAAAUGUUCACGAAUGCAACGUUUUAUCAUGUUUUUGAUAUCUGAAGAGUACUUUUCCUCUGAACAGUACAAAAAGGCUUUGCAGUUGAUUUCACAUAUAAUUUCGGAAUGUUCUCGGGAAGGUUUCACGCAACCGAUUCCAGUACUUCUACUACGUGGCCUCAUCAAUGCGCAUCGUAUCGCUGAUAUAAAAGGAUAUAUGACUAUGUCUUUUCAAAUGCUAAAUCUUCGCACAUUCCCGACAUGUGAUUUUAUGACAGAAAAACUCAUGGAAAAUAUUUUGCUUAUUCGUUUAAAUAAUUUUCCGAAGCCGCUCGUAUAUAACUUCAAUUAUGAAAUGAAAGAGAAAAAAAAAUGCGAAGAAUUAUGGAAAUCUGUGUAUGCUGAGAGAGUAUUUUUCUCCAUAAAUGCUCCGCGUAUUGAUGCAUUUGUUCGAGCUCGAGUUGCAUUUCUUAGCAGUACUGCGGACAUUAUUAGCUCUAAAUCAGUGAUUUUUCUUAUGGUCGCUCUUUCAUCGUACUCCAAAAGUGAAUUCUACUUCGAAAAAUUAAGAGUUACUGUCAUUGAUGACAGUAGCAAAUGUGAGCAACAGCCUAUGUAUGAGUUUACAGAAGAUAAUAUUGUAGUAUGUCCGGAAAAAGAAACUGUAAAAAUAUUCAAGAUUCCAUUAUCCGACUCAUCUUUUACAGUUAACAAAAAUCUCGUGGUAAAUGGAUUGAGUUUGGAGAUCGGUUCCAUUCAUUCAUCAGUAUAUGGCACUUUAGAUUGGGAUGCGCAAUCAUUGUCUUAUGGUACUUGCGAUAAUUCUUACAGAAUUUCAAUCAUGGAUGCCUGUGUUGGUCAAACUACAAUCCCGAUUAAAUCGCGUGAAGUUAAUUUUCGCCUUGAUCACACUGAAAAAAAUGAAGCAUUGCUUGGCGAAAUUGCUACAUUGCCUUUGUUGUUCAUUUGUGAAGAAGAUGGAUCAGUUGAAAAUGUUAAAAUGGAAUGGUAUGUGGAUACCAAAGACGACGCAGAAAAUGCGCUAGUUUUUGUUGACGAAGAAAAUCAGUUUAUUUCAAAUGGUUCAAAAGUUUUGGAUCACAGCAGUACUCAAAUUUCACCGUUUCAGAUUGGGCUGAAGAUACCUUACUGUGUGCAGAAGUUGUGCACUGUUAAUAUUUGCAUCAUGAUUUCUGCACUGGUUAAUAGUGUAAAAGUUCAAAAACUGUUUUUAAUUCCUGUGCGAUCGCGACCACCAUUUGAAAUGAGCUGCAGUAUUUUUUCUUCGAAUAACGAAUUAAUCAACAGUCCUUUCACGAAAACCGAUCUGUUUAUUCAAAUCAAAAUAACAGUAAUCUCAGACAUGGUUGUUAUGGAUGUAUCAUGGGAACCGAGUCCUGAACUAGAAGUUAGUGAAAGCGAAAAAGUACUUCUAGAAGGGCUAUUCCUUGAUCCUUCAGAUGAAGUGCUAUAUUUACAAGAUGAGAUACUUGCUCUUCGUGCUCCAUUUCAAUUUUCAUUUGCGGAAGAGAGUAAACUGUGUGAUUUGGGAGAAUUAUCUAUACGUUGGCGAAGAGAUGGAUCAAUGCAGAGUUGUGUUGUAUCUAAACUCAAUAUUGGUUCAGUGCUUGUUAAGAAUUCUCCUUUGUUAGUGAAAACAUUAUUUCGAGAAGCAUAUCUUGUUGUCCGUGUACCUGUGUCAGUCGGUUUCACCAUCUCCAAUUUAUUUACUAGAACGAUUGAUCUGCAAAUAAUAUUGGAACCUUCAGAUAUGUUCAUGUUUGCUGGAAACAAAAAGGUUUUACUUCAUAAAGUUUUUUCGUACUAUCUUUCUGCUGUAUAAAA